GCGGCUCCGCGGAUUGGUUGUGAGCUCCUGGUUCAGACCCGGGCCUGUGUGCUUUCACUUCCUGCGUUAUAGCGCUAACUUUGCCGUACGUAGUCGGGACACCGAUUCACAUUUACCUUCUAAUUUAUGACAACAUACCGGCAGGUCACAUGACCCAAAAAGAACAGCACGAGUUCCGGGAGAGCCUGGAGGCCGCCCUGACCUGGAUGAGGUCCGCCCAGGAGCGCCUCCGGGUCAACGACAACACCCAGGGUCCCCGGGAGGCCUUGGAGGCAAGGCUUAGGGAGACGGAGAAAAUCCACAGCUGCGAGCACGAGGGCCGUGUUUUGGUGGACAGGGCGCUGGUGGCGGCCGAGAACCUCCUGCAGACGGGCGACGAGGACCAGAGGGGCGACACCAAUGCUAAACUCAGGGACCUCAAGGCCCAGUGGGAGGAGACGUGCACCUACAGCGUCCACUGUCACAGCCGCGUCGAGUGGGUGUGGCUCCACUGGCGCGAGUACCUGAAGGCCCAUGAGGGCUUCGAGGCGGGGCUGGCCCGGCUGGGCGCGCGGCUGGUGGCCCAGGUGGAGCUGCAGCUGGACGCCCGGGAGAAGCAGUGGCAGGCGGACCACCUGCAGGUGGAGCUGAGCAACGUGUGCGGCCAGGCGCCGCUGCUGGAGCGGCUGCUGGACGAGGCGGAGGCGCUGCACGGAAGCACCCAGGACCCCAGCGUGGACCCCGCCGCGCGGGAGGCGCUGCGGCAGGCCUACAGCGACGUCCGCGACGCCACCCGGGAGCGGCUGGACCUGCUGCAGAAGAUGUCUGAGGAGCAUCAGAUGUACCAGGGCUGCGUUGACAAGUUCCAGAGCAUGCUGCUGGCCAAGGCCGAGGAGCUCGCAGAGCUUCGGGAGCGGGACGACUCGGCCCAAGAUAGGUUCCAAGCCUUACAGGUGCUGCACAGCAGCGUGGCCCGGGAGGAAGUGAACCUGCAGCACCUGGAGGGUGUGGCGGAGGCGGUGCAGGGCCACACCUCCCCGGCGGGCGCCCAGCAGGUGGCCCGCGAGGCCCUGGGCCUGCGGCAGGACUGGCUGCGGCUGCUGCGGGACCUGCAGGAGGCGGACGAGGCCCUGCGCGUCGGCGCCGACGCCCACGGCCAGUACCUGGGCCUCCGGCGGCGCCUCGGCCAGGACAUCGACCGGCUGCAGCUGCUGCUCCAGGGCCUGGGCCGGGAGCUGGAGGAGGGCCGCGGGGGGCCCGGCGCCGCGACGGGGGACGAGGAGCAGCUGGUGGGCCGCUGGAAGAAAUACACGGGAGUGAGGAACACCUUGACGUCUGAGGAGCCUCAGGUGGAGCACCUCAAGGCACAGCUCAAGGACCUGUUCCGCUUCUCCGAGGACUCGAGCCACCUGUCGGACGACGUCCUGGCCGUGGUGAAGGAGCAUCAGAGCUUGAAAUGUCAGACAGCGAGGCUGUGUUCAGAGUCGGAGUCCAGCCUGAGACAGGUGCUCCAGGACCCCCUUCACUCCUACAGCCGAUGGAGCAAGGGCGUCUCCCAGGUCCUGGAGGUGUCGGCCGAGGUCACGGACUUCUCUCACGUCGCCAUGCUGGUUCAGAACAUUGAGCGUCUCCUGAAGCAGAGUGUCCAGCUGCAGGAGCGUCUGGACCUGCUGCAGAGCAGGGCUGACCUGCUGGCCCCGUUGUUCGGGCCCCAGCGCGCAGAGGGCCUGGGGGCCGAACUGAGUGCCGCCGCAAACAGCCGGGAGCUGCUCCACACACAGCUCCUGGAGAGGAAGACCCAGGUUCAGGCCGUGCUGUCCAGGACAGAGCAGUUUGGCGCUGCCCAUGAGCUGAUCCGCUGCACACUGAGCGAGCUCCAGCAGAGGCUGGCGGUGGUCGAUGUGCUCCGGCCAGACGUCCCCUCCAAGGAGGGCCAGGCCCAGCAGCUCUGGGUGAUCCUGAAGGACCUGGACGACUGCGAGGCCCACAUCAUGGCGUUGGAGAACCUAGUCUCCUCCAGUGCCACCAACAGGAACCAGUUUGACAAACUCUCUGCUGAAUGGAAAUCCCUCUACAAGGCAGUACAGGUGAGAGUGGGCGAGAGUAAGCACAGCAUCGAGGAGCACCAGGGCUUCCACCACCUCAUGCUGAGCCUGAAUGAAUGGCUGCAGACCAUGAGGCAGAAGCUGGAGUCUUUCCGUGGGCCCACGGGAGACUGGAGCGUGGAGCAACGGAAGCACGAAGCCCAGAGGGCCCUGGGAGAGUUCCCGGGGAUGGAGCUGCAGCUGCACCAGACGGAGGCCCGGGGCAACAAGGUGCUGAAGCACACCUCGGAGGUGGGCCGGGCGGCCAUACAGCGGGACCUGAAGGCCCUGCGGGAGGACUGGAUGGCCCUGUACGACCUGAGCCUCAACCUCAACAGGCUUCUGAACAGCUCCACAGAAGAGCUCAACUCUGACGCGUGGAGCGAUGGCGGACAAGAGGACGAGCCCCAGGGGGCCACCACGGCGCUCCCAGCAGGGGGGCGGUACCCCCGGGCCCUGUCUGGGGCCCCCAGUGGGGAGGGCUCGGACCACGACACCCCCGGGCAGAGCCACGGCCACUGGGCAGGGCAGACCCCCCGGGGGGGGUCUCCCCCGGGGGUGGGGGACGCGGGAGUGGGCCUGGGAGCCGGCUUCCUUAACCCCGGUUUGGGGGCUCAGAGGCUGGACGCGGAGGGCGACCUGGACGGCCCGUACAGGCAGAGCACGCCCGUGGACGACCCGGAGGACGAGGCCGGAGGCGGCGGCGCCGCCGUCGGAGCUGGUUCCUGUCUGGGCUGGGCCGGCGGCCGUGCGGAGGGGCGCUCCAGAGACCUCGUGGACGGCGGCCGGAGCCCGGGGAAGCCACCGGUCACAGGGGCGUCCGUGGCGAGCGGCGCCAUGGGCCCCGCCCCCAGCCUCACCGCCGACUGGACGCCCGGCGUCCCGGCGGCUUCCGGAAGAGGACACGGGGGCGGGGCCAGCAGCCUCCUGGGCGCGGCCGGGGGCGGGGCGUCGGAGGGCAGGAGGAGCGGAGGGCCGGCGCCGGCAGAGAGUCUGGGCCAGGGCGGAGGGGCCUUCAAGCCCUUCCAGAGGGCCGCCGCCCCGCUGCAGCCCCCAGCCCCCCCGCAGAGCGGCAGCAGCCCCCCGGGGUCGGCCGGCGCCACCGCCGCCGCCGCAUCGUAUCUGUGGCGGGCUGAUGGGAGCGUGACGGCGAGUGGCGGGCGGGGCCUGAGUCCAGCCGAGUAUGAGUCCAAGAGGGGGGAGUUUGAAGCCUGGCUCCUGGUGCAGAGCCAACGGCUCUCUGGGCUGCUCAGCACCCAGGGGGCCGCACUGGGCCCCAAAGAAACCAAGAUCAGACGGGACGAGCUGCAGGCUCUGAGGGAUGGCGUGGCGCGGGGCCAGGAGCUUUUCCAGCUUCUGAUACAGGACAGCCACAGAGCUGGCCCCGGGACCGGGGCUGGAGCCGGGGCCGGAGCCGGGGCCGGGGCCUGGACCGGGGAAGGGCCCGGCGGGAUGGAUGGGCCUGAGCUGAUGGAGGACAGCGGUCUGGAGGACCUGCGCUACCGCUGGAUGCUUUACAAGUCCAAGCUGAAGGAGCUGGGGGACCUGGGACCCCGGCUCACCGCCAAGGGGGUGCGGGCCACUAAGGAGGUGCCUGUCAAAGCCAAGAGGAUUCUAAAGCAGAAGGGACCCGGGCUCCUCCAGAGGGUGUGGCGCGUGGCCCUGCCCCUGUGGCUGCUGCUGCUGGCCCUGCUGCUGCUGGCCUUCCUGCUGCCCUUCUUCGAGGACGUGGCCAGCUGCUCCCUGACCAACAACUUCGCCCGCUCCUUCAACGUCAUGCUGCGCUACGAGGGGCCGCCCCCCACCUAGGGGCCACGGAGGUACACCCGACGGACCCAACCCCCCCCACCCCCUCAACCCCCCCCCCCAGAUGCAACACCUCCCUUCCCUUUUCAUUUCCAUCCUCGGAUAACCUCUCAACACCGGAGGACAGAUGGAUUUGUGGGGAAGGAAAGCCCAAAUAUGGUGAUGUAGGAUUUUAACGAUAUGCAAAUUAAUUUUUUUUUUCUCAACCAAAGAUGCUCUGCUUUGUUGCCUUCGACCAAAAUAAUGUGGCUAGAAUCAUGGACACGAGGACCAGACGGACAGACAAGGACCAUUGCUUUGUAGCUUGUUUUUAAAGAACACACCAACAUGCUUGUGGUAACGUUCAACCAUGUCUUGUUGUGAAAGCCCCUCCCCACCCCCUAUUCCACCGUUCCGGACCUCUUGUGGGUCAGAGCUAAGCUCCAGGGGAACAAGGGCUCCUCACGGCCUUGGCUCCUGGACCGGCCAUCAAACAGCAGUCAGAAAAGCAAUCAGCUCAUCAGAUUUGGGGGGCUUGGGCUGGAGACCCCCAGGUAGAUUGGAGGAAAGGUGGCCACCUGUGACGACCUCGCAAUCAGGACAACGCGCGCACGGGCACCGAAGGGCCGGCCCGUGCUUCAGCACUGCGUGUCUGUGAGUGUCUGUGUGGGUGUGUUGGUGUGUCUGUGUGCGUGUGUUGGUGUGUCUGUGUGCGUGUGUUGGUGUGUCUGUGUGGGUGUGUUGGUGUGUCUGUGUGCGUGUGUUGGUGUGUCUGUGUGGGUGUGUUGGUGUGUCUGUGUGGGUGUGUUGGUGUGUCUUUGUGCGUGUGUUGGUGUGUCUGUGCGUGUGUGGGUGUGUCUGUGUGUCUGUGUGCGUGUGUUGGUGUGUUGGUGUGUCUGUGUGGGUGUGUUUGUGUGGGUGUGUCUGUGUGGGUGUGUUUUGUGUGUUUGUGUGGGUGUGUUUGUGUGUCUGUGUGGGUGUGUUUGUGUGGGUGUGUUUGUGUGUUGCCGCUCCAAAGUAAAGUAGCACAGUAAAGAAGCAGUUCAGAAUACCAAAGUGGAUACCGGUUAUGAGUCCACGCUGGAGGGACAUUUUCCUUUUAUUCUUUUUCCAGACCCUGUCGCACCUCAUUGGAGUCUGGUGUGUGGCGCGCUGUCUGUGGGCGUUAUUAACCGUGUUAACCAUUACAGUUGUUGUUUUGGGGGUUUUCAUAGCCCUGUCGUUGAUGGAGGUAAUGCAGUCAGCCUCGUUCUCACUGUAAUCUGUUUUGCUUCUCAAAAAGGGGUGUGUUUUCAGGGGCAUAUUUCGAUGAUGUAAUACUGUCUGGUUGUUUUUCCCACACACACACACAACGGUUGCCACUUGAUAAGAUUGGAGCAGGUUAUGUUAUCUAUGUUUUCAUGUUUUUUUAAUUUUUUAUCCCUUUUUAUGCCAUUGACCUUAUAUGGCUUUGAGUUGAGCAUCUGGCUCGCCUGUCUUGACUUGCAGGCAAACUUGUAUCAGGUGCUAUUGAAGCGUUUUAAAGAAAGCCUUUGUGGUGCCCCGACCUGCUUGAUGUUCUCUCGGACCGUGGCAUGGGAAGUUGAAGCUCUUUUUCCACUUGGUCGUACAAACGGAAAAAUUGAUUUUCCUGGGAAAAUGUCUAUAUUCGUCUUAAAACGUAGACCCCUUUAUGACCCUGCAUCUUUUUCGUCCAAAGUUUACACACACACACACACACACACACACACACACACACACACACACACACACACACACACACACACACACACACACACACACACACACACACACACACAGUGUGGGAGUUGUUUUAUUUCUCUUUUCCCCCACUGAGUUUGUGUUCACAGACUGGGUUACUAUGGCGAUGGGGACUGUCUGGAGUCGGGUCUGUUAUGUCGCCCUGAACCAACAAUGGGUCUUUGUGGAUGUUCACUAAGCUACAAAAAAAACUAAACUCGGGAAUAGUUUAGGUAAUUGUCAACUAAAUCAUCGGUCCAAAUAAGUACCUUUUGUCAUUAAGGUGCACGUUGGGGAGAUGUUAUCCUUACUAUGUAUACUUUAAAGGCCUUUUUGACUCUACAAAGUUAUAUACUCAUCUCUGUUCAAGAAGUCGUUAAUUUGUGAUUGCAAUCUGAAGAGGAAUCGGCACCCCAUGUGUUUGACAGUAUUGAAGGCAUACCUAUAGACCUCCUAUAUUUAUAUAGCCAUGCACUAUGCUGUGGUCAGACGUAUAUUAUUUGGCAUCUGGCUUUAUAGACCGCUUUCAAGAGAUUGUAUACUGUAUAACCGCUAACGCAGCUUAUUAUUAUGAAACUAUUACCAACAGGUUUAGUCUAGAAACCUGAGCGGAAUCUAUGUUUUAAACAAAGCAUCAACAUUAUUAUUAUGAAACUAUUACCAACAGGUUUAGUCUAGAAACCUGAGCGGAAUCUAUGUUUUAAACAAAGCAUCGACACUUACUCGGUUAGUUAUGCUGAUCGCCCCAUCAUCAGCACACAGAUAUUAUGUAGGCGUCCAUUUAGAUCACAGAACCUCAAUGCGUGUGUGUCAAAAUGUGACGAAUCGGUAUGCAUAAAUCUGCAGGGAGUCAAAUUAGGGCUGAACGAUUAAUCGAAUUCAAAUCGAAAGCGCGAUGUAAUAGAACGCGGUAUGCGAAUCGCAAAGGCUGCGAUAAAAAAAAAAGACUGGAAAUCAGUACGAUUUAUUUAUUUUUAUUUUUAUUUUACAAUUCAAUAGUUUAAUAAAGAAGUUUAUAAUAUAAAUGAAUCUCAACACAUCUGCCUGGCCUAAAGGAAAGAGCACUUUUUCUUUUGACUGCUUCCAAUGUUGUGUUGGUCAUACUAAGAAUGAUUUAUUUAUUUUUCAGUGGAUAAUACACAACAUAAGGAACUUAAUAAAUUAUAAAAAUCGCACAUUAAAUCGCAAUCGCAAUAUUGGUCAAAAUAAUCGCAAUUCGAUUAUUUCCCCAAAUCGUUCAGCCCUCGUUCAGACCGUGGCUUUGUUUUCGAAUGAAUGCUAUAUAUGUUAGCCUUGGCCAAAGUAUAGGAAGAAAGUAUUUCGUACUGCUAGUUCGCCUGCUAGUCCCUUUUGCAAAUGGAGAUGUUAAGAAUGCACAGGCUGAUGACCGAAUUAUCCUUUUGUAAAACGAUGCAUUUAUUCUAUUUUAUUACUUUAUUUAAAGCUCAUAUAAAGAAGUGUUCUUGUGUUUAACCACUAUUUUGUAAUCUGUUGAUACUGGAAAUAAAUAUAAUUUACAAAA